CUGUCAUAACCAAGAGAGAUGACAGAGGACCCAGGAACUGUGGCUGCUACAACAACAGACUACAGUGAGUACUACGACCAAUUGGACAAAGACAUUGCAUCCCCAUGCAACAAUGACAACACAAAGGCCUUCAGCGAGGUUUUCCUUCCCACCCUGUAUAGCAUCGUUUUCAUUCUUGGCUUCAUCGGAAAUGGCCUGGUAGUGUGGGUCCUGAUCAGAUACCGUCAAAAAUCCAACAUGACAGAUGUGUGCCUCUUCAACCUAGCCCUAUCUGACCUACUAUUUCUUGCGUCACUCCCUUUUUGGGCUCACAGUGCCAUGGACGAGUGGAUUUUUGGCAAAUUCAUGUGUCAUACCAUAACAGGUCUCUUCACGAUGGGUCUGUACAGUAGCAUCUUCUUCAUGGUCCUUAUGACACUGGAUCGCUACGCUGUCAUCGUCCAUGCCCAUAGUAUCUUUUCCAGAAAUCGGUCUGCAAAAAUGGGUUUGGUUCUGGCCUCAUUUGUAUGGAUUCUCAGUCUGUUUGCAUCCCUCCCUAGUAUUAUUUUUGCCAAAGAGAAAAUGGAGGUAAGCAACAAAACAUCAUGCGGAUCUGAUUUUCCUGAAGGUACAGCCUGGAUGUCAUUUACUUAUCUUAAGAUGAACUUCCUGAGCUUGAUUUUUCCUCUGAUUAUUAUGGGCUUUUGCUAUUCCCGGAUCAUCCCUACUCUGCUCAGCAUAAAAUCACAAAAAAGGCACAAAGUCAUUAGACUCAUCCUGGCUGUGGUGGCAGUUUAUUUCGUCUUCUGGACUCCAUACAACUUUGUCAUAUUUCUUACGUUCCUGCAGAAGCAAAGUUACUUGCUUUCUUGUGAGUGGCAUACUAGUUUAAGCCUUGCCAUGCAAUGGGUGGAAACAAUCGCCUUAAGCCACUGUUGCCUUAACCCUAUCAUCUAUGCCUUUGCCGGACAGAAGUUCAGAAGAGCAGUUCUUGUAGUCUUAAAAGAGCAGUUUCCAUUGUGCUUCAGCCAGUGUACCACUUUGUCUCGACAGUUAUCUGAACGCAGGAGUUCAGUCUUCAGCAAAUCUACUGAAUAUUCCUCCACACAGAUUGCAUAGAGCAAACUUAUUAGAGCGAACUUAAAAUGAGUUAUUUUCAUUCAGAGUAGCUUACUUUUUUCUUUUUCUUUCUUUACUUUAAGUUCCCCUUUUUAAUGAAUGUAUAUUGUGUUCUUGAAAGUUGUCUUUGUUCUGUUUUUUUUAACAAUUUUGUUAACAAUAAUGAUAUAUGUUAAGUAGGAGAAUGCAGAAGUUGAAGCUGUUGCAAAUGUGCUCCUUUUUGUGCAUGUAUAUUGCUCAUAUUUUAGAUAGGCGAAUGAUACAGAUAAUUUAGAAAUGAAUGAUUUCAUCAGGAAUUUGAAAUAAACUCACUUUUAGCUUUGCAUCAAUUUUAGUCACUAGUUAGUUUUUGCAUCAGGGUUAAAAA